CUGACACUUCCUCCCAUCUCUCCGUCAUCAAAGGACCUCUAUUGCCACCCGUUUAACCAUCUCGUGGCAUCGUUCUAUCAUGUCGUCCAUGAAUCCAGCUUUGCGACAGGCGUCGCGUGUCUACGCUCGUCGUCUGUCGUCCACACAGGGCGCUCGUGCCCUGCGCUUUCGGGCACCCGUCCGCGGCUAUGUCUCCGAGACCAAGGCCGGAAGCGCCCAGGUCUCCGUUGACCAGGCCAUCAAGCAAGAACAGAAAGACUUCAUGAACAAGACCGGUAUGCAAGCGUCGAAGGUGGAGCUGCCUGGGUCGGGCAUCGCCGGGGACGCCUCGAUGAGCCCCUCCGCCGGCAUCCUGAAGCAGGCGACCGUCAUGGACCAAGGCACUCGCCCCAUCUACCUGGAUAUGCAAUCAACGACCCCGACCGACCCGCGCGUGCUCGACGCCAUGCUCCCCUACAUGACGGGCAUCUACGGUAACCCGCACUCGCGGACGCACGCCUACGGAUGGGAGUCCGAGAAAGCGGUGGAACAGGCGCGCGAGAACAUCGCCAAGCUGAUCGGCGCGGAUCCCAAGGAGAUCAUCUUCACGAGCGGCGCGACCGAGAGCAACAACAUGAGCAUCAAGGGAGUGGCGCGAUUCUUCGGUCGCUCGGGCAAGAAGAACCAUAUCAUUACGACGCAGACGGAGCACAAGUGUGUGCUGGACAGCUGCCGGCAUCUGCAGGACGAGGGAUUUGAGGUGACCUACCUGCCGGUGCAGAGCAACGGGCUGAUCCGCAUGGAGGAUCUGGAGGCGGCCAUGCGUCCGGAGACCGCGUUGGUCAGUAUCAUGGCCGUGAACAACGAGAUCGGCGUGAUCCAGCCGAUGGAGCAGAUCGGCAAGCUGUGCCGGUCCAAGCGGGUGUUCUUCCACACGGACGGCGCCCAGGCGGUGGGCAAGAUUCCACUGGACGUGAACAAGCUGAACGUGGAUUUGAUGUCCAUCUCGAGUCACAAGAUCUACGGGCCCAAGGGCAUCGGUGCUUGCUUCGUGCGCCGUCGUCCGCGUGUCCGUCUCGACCCUCUGAUCACCGGUGGUGGUCAGGAGCGUGGUCUGCGCAGUGGCACGCUGGCGCCUCAUCUGGUGGUCGGAUUUGGCGAGGCCUGCCGUCUCGCGUCCCAAGAAAUGGAGUACGAUACCAAGUAUAUCGAGCGACUGUCCACCCGGCUGCGUGAUGGCCUGCUGUCGAUGGAGCACACGGCUCUCAACGGUGACCGGGAUGCCCACUACCCUGGGUGCGUGAACGUAUCGUUCGCGUACAUCGAAGGCGAGUCGCUUCUGAUGGCACUUCGGGAUAUCGCACUCUCUUCGGGCAGCGCGUGCACGUCUGCGUCGCUGGAACCGAGCUACGUGCUGCGCGCCCUGGGCAGCAGCGACGAGAGCGCCCACAGCAGUAUCCGAUUCGGAAUUGGCCGGUUCACGACGGACGCGGAGAUCGACUACGUGCUGCAGGCAGUGCAGGCGCGUGUGCAUUUCCUGCGUGAGCUGAGUCCGCUGUGGGAGUUGGUGCAGGAGGGUAUUGAUCUGAACACGAUCGAGUGGAGUCAGCAUUAGACACCCUGUGGUGAGAUAAAAAAGUAUAAUAUUGGGCGUGACCUUUUUUUGCGUGUACAUGUAUGAUAUCAGGGCGGGCGUUGGGCAUGUACACCAGGGUUAUGAUUUGUACAGCACUAGAAUGAGCCAUCUAUCUACUUUUGUCGUCUUUAGGUAGUACACAAUUUAUAUCCAUCUGCAUAUGGAUUAGAGUGCUCG